AUGAGUAAUGGAAUAAAAAUCCAUCACUUUUCCUGGAUCAAGUAAUGGAUUUAUUUGUAAAAUAUUUUAGGAAAAAGAUAAUAAGAAAAAUUUAAGCAUACUUUUGAAAAAUACUACAUUUAAGUUGAUUAUGUUACAAAUAAAUAAUAAAGAUUAAUUUAUAAUAAGAAGAAUAACAAGCAGCUUUUUUUAGUUCAAACAAUCAGACAAUCAUGUAUAAAAUCAAAAUAGAAUAAAUCAUAAGAGCCUUAUUAAUACUAGAAUAUGUUGUAGAUGAACAGCUUUAUCCACUUACAGAUGAAUAUCCUGAUUAGCAAGGAGUGCAAGGCUAUCCUCCGAUAGAUUGAAAAUUAUCACCGCAUAAAAUACAUGGUUCACCAUUUGAAGAAUAAUAAUUAUUGGGACAAUUCUAGCAAGACUAGCCUGAAACAGAAGUUUAAUUAAGGGGGCAGGCUUGACAGCCCUGUCCACUAACUGAAUAUUAGUUAUUAUCGCAAGGCAUACAAGCUGAUCCAGGGUUAGAAUAAUAAUUAGCAGGACAUGCAGUACAUGCUGAAGAUGUAGUAGAACCAGCUGGGCUUGAAUAAUUAGCUUAGCAAUUAGUGCAUGAGCCAGUAGUUCCAUAUGUUCCAGCAGGGCAUUAAGCUUUAACCAAUAUAAGAAAUUAGUCUUUGA